AUGGAGGACAUUAAGCUCAUAGCCUCCCCUCUAACCCUGCCAAAUGGUGUUGAAGUCCCAAACAGGCUCGUCAAGGUUGCGAUGGCAGAAGGUAUCGGCCUCGGCGGCGGCCCUCCUACACCGGAGCACGAUAUAUUGUACAUGAGAUGGGUAGCAGGCGGAUGGGGAAUCGUCAUUACUGGGAAUGUCCAAAUCAACCCUAAACACCUCGCCUCCCCUUACGACCUGACAAUCGACCCCACUUCAGCCUCUCAUAAAUCCCGAUACAUGCACCUCGCCCUAAUGGCCCACUUUACGCCGGACAGACCUCUCAUGAUCAUGCAACUCUCGCACCCGGGUCUGCAAUCGUCGAGUACCUUGAACUGCUCUCGCGCUCCAUGGGAGCCGGCGAUAGCUCCAUGCAGCGAAAGACCGACCAUGGGAGGCGGAGUCUUGGGAAAAGUUUGGCAGUAUGUGGGCUGGCCUGUGAAGAGCCGGAAAGUGAGCGAUGUGGGAGAGUGGUUGGCGAUCGUGGAGCGUUUUGUAGAGGCCAGCGUCAUGGCUGGCGAUGCCGGUUGGGAUGGUGUGCAGGUGCAUGCGGCCCAUGGCUACCUGCUCAGCUCUUUCAUGUCGCCUCUGACGAAUUUUGAUCCUCUGCCUCUACCGGGUGUUCCGGAAGACGUUCCUUUGAAUCUACAUCUACUCUACCUCAUUUUGAAGGGGUUGAAAGAACAGACAGCUGAGUUCUUCAUCAAAGCUGUCAAGAUCAACUGUUCAGACUUUGUACAAGGAGGCCUCGACGAAGAGCAAGCCUCCGAUAUAAUCAGAGCCAUCGUAUCUUGGAACCUCGUCGACAUUAUCGAAAUAUCCGGCGGCACCUACACCAACCCCGCCUUCACCUUCUCCUCCUCCAUCUCAUCCACCACCUCCAAACGACAAUCCCUCUUUGCACACUUUACCUCCAAGCUCCUUCCCACCCUUCCACCUCCCCCCAAAGGUCCGGCUAUCUUGCUCACAGGUGGUCUACACGAUAGAUGGGUCAUAGCCGACUCUCUCCGUGAGCGAGCUUGUGAUCUGGCAGGUAUAGGCAGACCCGCUUGUCUGAUCCCGGACCUCCCAGACCGGGUGCUUUUGAACCCAGAUGUGCCUGGCAAAUUCACCCAUGUGGGAGGAUACACAAUACCCAAGGGCGACCUCGCCAAGAUCAUGUUGGGCGGAUCAAAGAAGGAAGGCAAGGGUAUACCGCUCGUGGGCGCAGGAGUCUCGACAUUGUGGCAUACAUGGCAGCUCAGACGGAUGGGAAGAGGCAUCGAGCCUGAUAAGAAGUUGACAUGGUUCAAGGGCUUGGUACAGGAGGAGAUCUGGGAGGGGUUGGUGGUGAGAGGUUGGAGAAGAGUGAGGGGAACGAGAUCUGAGGUAUAUCAGAAAGUUCAGUUGGGUUAG